UUGUGUAUUAUGUAGCCAGGGACAGCAUUCUGAACUCUACCCUGGCACUUCCUGAACCUCCUAGCUUAUAAAUACCAGGGCAGGCCAGAGAAUCAGGGAGGAGUGAGCAAAAAUUCUCAGACCAGCUGGGCCUGUCCUCCAGGAGGAUGAGAAACUCCAAGACUGCCAUUUCAUUCUUUAUCCUUGUGGCUGUCCUUGGGUCCCAGGCUGGCCUCAUACAAGAAAUGGAAAAAGAAGAUCGUCGCUAUAACCCUCCAAUAAUUCAUCAAGGCUUUCAAGACACUUCUUCAGACUGCUGCUUCUCUUAUGCCACACAGAUCCCAUGUAAAAGAUUUAUAUAUUAUUUCCCCACCAGUGGUGGGUGCAUCAAGCCGGGCAUCAUCUUUAUCAGCAGGAGGGGAACCCAGGUCUGUGCCGACCCCAGCGAUCGGAGAGUUCAGAGGUGCCUAAGCACCCUGAAGCAAGGCCCAAGAUCUGGGAACAAGGUCAUUGCUUGAGAAGGAGGGCAGGCAUUGUCACCCACUUUCUUCUGUCUUCCCCAGUGACCGCCUGCCUAGGAGACCUUGUUUUUAUAGAUAUUUAAAGCAUUUAUCCUUCUGUUCAGGUUUAGAGCAGUCAACAGUAUUCAUGUGGACUCCGCCUGACACGGUUAGAGCCAUCUGGAGUUGUAAACAUCAAGAUUGUCUUUGAGUAAUUGUUGGGUUUUUUUUCGGUUUCUCAGCAGAUUAUAAAUGGAUACAUUAUUAGGGUAGUCUUUGGGGCUUUGGAAUGUGUCUGGUUCUGAUACAAGCUUAAGCCGGGUAAUAUCUAGCUGAGAUGAAAUCAAUUUUGCCCUAGGCCAUACAUAUGUCCAGCUUUGUGGGUUCCCAGUUGUUCGCCCUGCCACAAUAGAGCAAUGAGUGCCCCCAAUAAAGUCCACUCCAUGUAGCCACAGGACUGUCUCUUUCUUCAGAUUCAUAGAACUACGGGGCCAGUCUGAAACUGGGCUCUUGGGGUGAAAUUAUCUCACUCACUCACCUUGAGUACAGGAGGGAGAUGGGACCAUAUAACUUUGAAUAUUCUAAACCAAAAGACAUCAUGGUAUAAUUUUUAAAAAUUAAGAACACGGUUUAUUCCUCUGAGCUUGGUGCAAAACAGAGGAAUACCUUUUCCAGCAGGGCGUCUUCUUCUCUGCCUGACUUUUAUCUGCGGAACCUGACCUUCACACCCUCUACCUGAGGAAGUUCAGGUAGUUGUUGGCAAAUCUACAAGUAAGAACCUGCACACCAAGUAUCUGGGAUUCCUGGAAUGCCUCUCCAUGCAAAUGAGGCAUUCCCAGUACUUUAAACUUCAUCUAGUAAUUUACAUUUACCCUGAAAACUCCUUCCUAUACUCCAAGGUUCAUGUAUAGCCCUGGUUUACCCCAAUAAAGUGUAUGCACACAAGCUGUUUCACUG